AAUACACAUAACACAACAAAAGUACACAACCAUGAUGAACAUUGAAAACUUCUCACACGACCCUACACCAACAACCACCACCACCACCUUAAACAUUCCGAAACACAACCCACUUCAACAAACAUCUCUCGAAGGAAUCGCUGCUAUUGUAGGAGAACAAAUCCUCUACGGACCCCACAACACCAAAACGACACAACCAACUUGCGUUUCACACCUCAAAACCAAAACAGAACAAAAAAAAAACUACAGAGGAGUUAGAAAACGACCAUGGGGAAGAUGGUCAGCUGAAAUACGCGACAGAGUCGGUCGUUGUCGUCAUUGGUUAGGAACAUUUGAUACUGCUGAAGAGGCGGCGCGUGCUUAUGACGCGGCAGCUAGGCGAUUGAGAGGUUCUAAAGCAAGAACUAAUUUUAAGAUACCUUUUGUUUUGCCUCUACCGUUAUCGUCGAACUCCAACCACUCAAACGAGUCUUGUUCGAGUUCGAAUGGUAACGGUAAGAAAAAACUUGUGCGUAAUAGUGUUAAGAAGUGUUGUGUUGUUAAUUCUGUGGGAGAAUUGUUUAGUGGUGUGCCUGAAGUUAGAAGAGAAAGAGAUUAUGGUAAUAAUAAUGGGAGUGUUGGAUUUGGUGGUGGUAGAAACAGUGCUGGAAUGGUGGUGUAGGUUGAAUUGCAAU